AUGUCUAAAGAUAUUGUCCUACAAGGAUAUGCUAAUGUUUCCAACGAAGGCAUCGAAAUCACCCCUAAAAAACAAGGGUUGAUAGCCGGUCGAGCCUCAUAUAAAGAUCCUCUUCACCUUUGGGACAAAGCUUCUGGAAAACUGACGGACUUCAACACCUAUUUCUUGUUUGUCAUUGAUUCACAAGGAAACUCGUGUUUUGGAGAUGGGUUUGCAUUCUUCCUUCUUCCUUAUAAUUUCAAUUCCAAUCUUGCAACAGGUGCAGCCAUGGGUCUUCCAAUCUUGUCAAUCGAGCCCCCCAAAUCGACUCGAUUUGUUGCUGUAGAGUUUGAUACCUAUCAAAAUCUGGGUUGGGAUCCAUCCAACAUCACACCUGGAACUCAUGUAGGUAUCGAUAUCAACUCUAUCACAUCUAAUGCCACUGAAAUAUGGUACAAUAACAUAAUGUAUGGAAAAGAGAAUGAAGCUUGGAUUAGUUAUGAUUCUAGUUCGAAAAAAUUGAGUGUUGUUUUCACUGGAUAUAAAAACAAUAGCAAAAUUAACAAUUCCCUUAGUUUGUCGGUUGAUCUAAGGGACUUCUUACCAGAAUUGGUUACAAUUGGCUUCUCAGCUGCAACAGGAGGUUUGUAUGAGAAACAUACUGUCAAAUCAUGGUCGUUCAAUUCGAGUUUACAAAUCAGUGUGCCAGGCAGUCCUAGUCCCAAUCCUAGUCCUAGUCCCAGUACCAAUCCCAGUCCCACAGCGAAAUCCAGUCCCAGCACCAAUUCCAGUCCAAGCCCCAAUUCUGGUAUUGGAAAGAAGAUGAGUGGUGGGAUUGACUAUCAGAUCAUCUUCUUUGGCUGGUUGGUUGGCUUUGCUUGGCUUUAUAUUGUGGGAAAGUAG